AUGACCGUUGCUGGAUACCUUGCGCCGCAGCUGCCGGCGCCGGUCUCAUCGAACGUCCGCGUGAUUAGCAUCGCAGACGCUGAACCUCAGUUUCAACCCGCAAGCUCCCAGGCUCGCGAACUUCUGGCUGCCGCUGCAGAGCGGAAGAGGUCCUGGGUCGAGCUGCAGCACCUUCGACAGGCGAGUCGUGUCUGGGCGGCUGCCUGCUCCGCCCAGCCCUCCGCACAAGCUCAGCUCUAUGCCGAGGAUCGCGGUCGGCUCUUGGAGGCUGCCAGCAGGCGGCGACAUCAGUACUUAGAACACUCGGCAAUUGGUGCAGGGCUUGUUUGCCUCGGCUGGCUUGGAUACCAUGUGGAGCUGCAGAAGCCGCGGUGGGGCACAACCUACGUCGUCGGGGCACUCUCCAGCCUGGCCAGCGGGGUAAUUGGCAUCGCCCUAGAGGCCCACGUGCCCAGGGGAAAGGCUCCGCACCGUCUGCUGAAGGCCUCGGCUAUACACUUCUUUGGAGGACUGGCUAUGGCGUUCGUCAUGCCGAUGAUGCGUGCAGCAGCAUCCUGA